AUGGCGACAGAACAAUAUUUCCAAGGGGCAGCAGUAGAAAGUGAUUUCAGUGAAGAUGGAUCUUCCUUGGUGAAGUGGAAAUCCUUAUCCUCUUCAUUCGAUGAGUCUGAAACUAAUCCUUCUGGGGAUUUUGAAUGUAACAUCUGUCUGGACCUCGUCAAAGACCCCGUGGUUACAUUCUGCGGGCACCUCUACUGCUGGCCCUGUAUUUACCGAUGGAUCACUUUCCCAAACACCUCUUCAGAAAACUCGGAUCAGCAGCAGCCGCAGUGUCCUGUCUGCAAAUCUGAGGUGUCACAGAAAACCUUAAUUCCACUCUGUGGUCGUGGCCAAACAACAAAUCCCUCUGAAGACAAGGCUUCGGAUCUAGGCACUCUCAUGCCAAAAAGGCCUCUGAGUCCGAGAUCUGGUGAUAAUGUUCUAAUACCGACUACAACCUCAGGCUAUACGUUUCCCCAACUUCAUCAUCAAAGUCAUUUACAAUCGUCUCAACCAUAUCACAGAAACUCUGGCAACUAUAUGGAUUCAUCCAUGCUCGGCAUUGGCGGGACAGCAACAAAUUUGAUGGAUCCAAUGAUUGGGAUGUUUGGUGAAAUGGUUUAUGCAAGGAUUUUUGGGAACGCGGAGACGACUUUGUAUACAUAUCCAAACUCGUAUCGUCUAGCGAGUAGCAGCAGUCCUCGAUUAAGAAGGCAUAUAAUGCAGACUGAUAGAUCACUCAGUAGAGUUUGUUUUUUCCUUUGCUGUUGUGUAAUCUUGUGUCUUCUCUUGUUCUGA